AAUAGAAUAUAUUUUUCGUUCCAAAAAUUGAGGAAUCGGCAUCCAGUUUCUGUGUCUAUCAUAUCAUCCUACUCAACACUAACCCGGUCUUUAUGAGGUAUGACAAACAAAGGCAUCGUGGUCGGCGAACAAUCUGCUGCAACUACACUACAGCAAUAGAGAAAGAUUGUUUAUGUAUACAAAUACAAUAAACCCUACAAAGAUAACCUCUCGAAGCGUUCUUCUUCACACUAACCCGUUAAUUUCUUUCAUACACUGUGGGUCUUGUUUUAAAAUGAGCUCUUUUUCAAUCCCCAACUUGGGAUAUCUUGGUAUAAUUUCAGGAGUACCCAAGUUUGGAUUUUCAACAAUUCUUCAUCAAAACAAGGGAUUUCGUGGAGUAUCAGUAAGGAAAAUGGCAUGGAGUAUGGAAAAAUGUAAUGAGGGUAUUGAAAGUAAUACGUCUGGGAUCGUACGGCCCGCGACGGAGGCUUACGCUGAUGAAGCAAUCCAAGCUUUACGAGAUGGAAAGGUUAUAGCCGUCCCCACUGAUACACUCUACGGUUUCGCUUGUGACGCUUGCUCUGUAGAUGCAGUGAAUAGAAUAUAUGAAAUCAAAGGACGUAAACACACUAGUCCUUUAGCCAUUUGUGUUGGUGAUGUAAACGACAUAGGCCGAUUUGCAGUCACAAACCAUCUGCCUCUUGGCCUUCUUCACAAUCUCCUUCCAGGACCUGUAACCCUAGUUCUAACAAGAGGGGAAUCAAGUGUUCUUGAGAAAUCUUUAAACCCUGGAUUCGAUACUGUAGGAGUUAGAGUACCUGAUUCUGAAUUUAUCAGGAUGAUUGCUCGUGGGUGUGGAAGUGCUUUGGCGUUAACAAGUGCAAAUCUUAGUGGACAACCGAGUAGUUUAGAUAUUAAAGAGUUUAAGAAUCUUUGGGAACGUUGUCGUUUUGUUUAUGAUGGUGGUGUACUUCCAUCAGGGCGUGAAGGGUCAACGAUUGUUGACCUUACUAUGAUCGGGAAAUACAAGAUCUUGAGAUCCGGGAGUGCUAAAGAAGAGACUAUUGCAGUAUUGGAGAGGUAUUCUCUACUAGAAGAACGAGCUAACGGUUGAUUGAUGUUUUUGUAUUUUUAGCAUUUAAAUUGUUUUUCUAAUCAUUUUGAUAUAGUUUAUGUGCAAUAUAUAUAAUAUUUUCAGACGUUUAAGUUGUUAUUAUAUGAAGGAGGUGAUUAUUUGGAGGAAUCAGAAGAAAGUUACAAAAUGUAUUAUGUUCAUUUAUGUCAACGUGUUUUAGAGUUUAGUAUUAAUGGAAUUAUAGUUAAAUUAAAUUAUGUAUCGUUGAAGG